CUCGUCGAAUGCAAAUAUAUUAUUAUGAUAUUAUUAUGAAAAAACUCAUAAACAAUUGCAACUUGUUGUGAGCCCUAGAAAAACUGAGUUACCCGGAUGUACAGCAUUAGGAGAAUUUGAAGAAUGGCGUCAACAUACACAUGCGGAUUUGAACACAAGAUUUGCAAAUAAGAUCGAAACUGAGUUUAUCAGGAAACAAAAUCAACAUGUAAUUCAAUGACAUGGAAAGUCGCCAGGAUAGCAUUUACCCUCAGCUUGAUGUCGACAACCCUAUCAUCAGCACACUGGAAUUGGAAACUGGACAGGAAAAGUCUGACAGUGACAGGGAUAAUAAUGUAAGGAAGAGCAUCAGAUGUAAGCGACCACCUCAGUCCUUUUCACCAAGUUUGGAUACUGCUGUUGGGGAUCGCAAUGAAUCAAGCAAAACCAAGAAGCAGAGGACCAAGUCGGCAACAGCACCAGAUCGUCCUUGUGAUCUCAUGCCAAAUGGUGACCCUUUUCUGUGUGACCUUUGUAUGUCACCCUAUGUCAUAAACAGAUCACUGAAACGUUCCCUCAAAAACAAACGAUCCAAACAUAACCCUGCUCCUCGUAACAAGAUGGACCCUCUCACUGGAAAGAUUCUGAUGCUUUGUAAUGCAUGUAGCAUUACUUUUGACAGACCACGGAAACCUAGGAAAAUAGUUCCUGUGCCAACAGCAGAAGAGAUGGAAAAAUGCCUCCAAGGUGCAAAAGAUUUUGCCAAAACACUGGCCGAAAAAAUGAACAGACCAGAAGCUGAGAGGUUAUACUGCCCAGUGGUCAGACCUAAAACAUGUGCUUGUUUGCAGAGAUACAUCAACGCUGAUGGUGAGUCUGAUGAGUUUGAUAAACGAGCUAAAGCGAUGAUUGACUUGUUGAUGAAGGCCAGGGAGCUCAGCACAGAGAAGUGUUAUACUAAGGAUAUUGAGUCCAAAAGAAAGAGAACAGGACUUAAAAAUUUAGGUAUAGGAAUAGGAAAUGGGCAAAAACGAUCCAAGGCUUUUGAAGAGUUUGUUCUUACUCAGAGAGAACACUUGAAGAAUGAAUUGAAGCUGUGUGAGAGGGCAGUCCAGAAAGUUCUUAUGUACUCCAAUAAUUUCCUUCAUAAGAAGCUUGUCACUGAAAAGAGUUUAUGUCGUGCUAAGCCUGUAAAUGGAAUGGCUAGGAAGGGCCUUCUGCAGCCAUUUGAUGCAAUUUCCCAGAUUCGAUGUUGUGUGGACAAUUGCAUCAUGAUGGCAAUCACUCAUAAGAAGUUGCUGCAGGAUUGGAGAAACAGAGCUAACAAAGGUCAAUCAGAGCACAGGAGAGUCAUUGCCGAAAUGUUGACACCGUCUGCUGGAGCAAGGACUAACUGUUAUACAUUCAUUACUUUGGUAACUGGUGCAUCUCGUAGCACAAUUGUCCAGGUUAGUCAUCAAAUGAAGCAAACAGGCGGUGAGAGGGAGCCACCUGCACAUGGCAUGAAAAAGUUCUGGCAGGGCAAUAGUCGUCGUAAAAGUACAGAGUCGGUCAGUCCGUCUAAAGUUUCCACACACAUGGGGAGAACAACUACCAGUGCUUCUUUCACUCACUCAGUAGUUCCAGUUACUUCUAAACCAAAUGUCAUGGUAUCUUCCCACAAUCCUGCCACACCCACUUCAAACAUUAUCAUCCCAGUGUCUGUGAAUACUAUCAGCUCAGAGGCAUCAAGUUUAACAGUGCAGCGACAGCAGCUGAUGCAGAUACAACAGCAGAUGUUUGAACAACAAGUCCAGCAGCAGCAGCAGCAACAUCUUCUACAGCAGCAGUUACUGCAACACACCAUAAUGCAACAGAUUGGACAAGCAACUGAUGGAAUGCCACAGAACCUUUCCAUGCUACAGACCAUGAUUGAUCAGCUAAAUGUGCAGAUUCAGAACACACAGCAACAGCUACAGUUGUCUCUGAGAACUAUGAACAUGAUAGGAUCACAGUCUGUUGGCGGUAAUAGUACCAUUGAAUCAACCCAAAAUAUGUUAACCACAGCUGAAAACAUCAGUGGUACAGAACCAACAUCUCGUAAUUAUUUAGGAACUACUUGUAACAAUGGUGAGUCAGCUCCAAGUAUGCAUUCAAAUCUGCUUCAAAUAUGUGGGAGCAAUGAAACUGGAUCUACUAAUCUCCCUCAACAACAACCCAAUGUUAUAACAACCAGUAACAUAAGUUCACAACUCCAGACAAACGAUCAAGGAGGAUUCGGUCAAAAUACAAAUCAAAUCUUAUCAGCUCUCUCACCACCAGAUCAGCAGAACCUCACGUUUUUCAGUCAGCUUUCGCCUUCACAGAUGUCAGGACAGACAGAGAGCCAUAUGAAUACUUCACAAAAUUACUUCAAUAAUAUGUCACUGCAGAGCAAUGGACAAACAAUCAUCCAAGUCCAGCAGUCUCCUGUAAUUCCUUCCUCACAGAAUCCAAAUUAUGUCCAAACUUUCCUGCCUGGGUCACAGCUCCAGAAAGGCCGGAUUAGUUCGAAUGAUAAUAGUUCAUUAGAGCAUUUCAUUAUACAAACCUAUCCAAGUGUGAAUCAAAGUGUUCAAGAUAACAUGGUAAGGUGUUCACAAAACAGUGUACUGGUACAACAGUUAAAUGCUCCUGUAAACCAAGCCCCUCGCUUAGCAGGUCCUCCUUUAAUGCUGGUCAACCAACAACAGGUUGAUUGUGGUGAUGGUCUUCCUAGUUCUCACCUAAGUAAGGAGUUGUAUGAUAUACCUGAAAAUGGAUUUCAGCAACAGUCAACCCGAAUAGAUUCUGAGCAUGGUUUAUUAAAUACUCCUAUUUUGGAUCUUACUCCAGCUGUUGUAGCUCCAUCUGUAAACAUAACUGAUCAAACAACCACUGAGAACACUCUUGGAACCGGUCAGACCAUUGCAAAGAGCAAUCUAGAAUCAUCGACUAUGCUUGACCCAACAGCUGCAAAAAGUUCAUCAGAGACAUCAACAUCUGAUGGCUCAUUAGAUUCUGUGAAUGUGACUCUCCAUGCCGCUGAAGAUACGCAAAAGUCAAUGGCAGUGACUGGUCAACAUGAGAGAGCACUGGACCAAAUGGAUGAGACCAGUCAAAACAGUAGAGAGGAAGUAACAGUCUUGAAUGAUCCAACAAGCAACACAAAUACAUCUGAAUCGGCUAUUAUGACUAAUCUUACUACUAUGUCGAGAUCAACAGCUAGGACUGUUCAAACUACGAUAGACAGUUCUUCAUCAAAUGUUAUUGUUCAACCAGGUAGUGAAAGUAUAGUAACCUCUACUUCUGAAGGCAUUCAGUCUGGUACCAAGUCAGUCAGCGAUAACUCCCAGUCUGUGGUUUACGACAAGUCUGUUUUGUCAGUUUUGGCAAAUGACAAAAAAUCGUUUCCUAGUAGCACUUCCAACAACCAUGUCAUUUCUGAUUUUACCCCGACCUCAAAAACUGCUAAUACUCUGUCACGUUCAGACUCUCGGUAUCCACAUGUGUCCUAUUCUUCAUCAAACACCAAAUCGGCAGUCACUCGAUUCCAUACGUCGCCAAAAAGUGCAUUCCAUACUCCUCAAAAACAAUUAGGGGAAAGUGGUACUGCUUGUAAUCCUUCUACAGAUCACGGGAAAUGUCUGCAAGUGCGGAAUUCACAAUCACCGAAUGUGAAAGUGGCAACUUCAGCAUCAGGCAAUUUACAUCAAAACUUGAACACAGAUACCUUGCCGAAUACAUGUUUACCAAAUGCCACCAUAGCUUCAUUUUCAACUGGUAAACAACGAAAUAGAACUACACGUCGUAGUGGGGUGACUAAGGUAACACAAAGUCGAUCACAAAAUUCUGUAACAAUUGUGACAUCUACGUCUUUGGACACAAGUACAUAUGUCUCUGUUCCAAUGAUUCAAGGGGUACAAAAACGAAGUAAUCCGUCCUUCAAACAGUUAACAGCGUUGCCUGUUUUUGUUAACCAGCAGUCUAAGAAUCGUCAGUCAUUGUUUUCCCAGCAAGGCGUUUCUCGAACGAACCCGUCAGUGUCAGAAAUCCAUCAGCGUUUGCAUGAAAAUGUGUCCAUUACAAGUAAGGUGCCAAUUCAGCAUAAUUCAACGACCGUUUAUGCAUCAGCAACUAUGGCAGAAAAGCGCAGCAUUAUAGUUGAUGUCAUUCCUACAUCAACAGACACUACGAGAACUCACCAGGCUAUACCAUCACCAUUAAUAAGUUCCUCUGGAUCAAGAAAUGAUGGAACAGAUUUUCAGACAGUAAUCCCCAGUUCACUUAUCACUCAAGAUUCCAUGCCUCAGAGUACACAUGUUACUGCCAAAAGUCUUUCAGUCGGUUCAAGAAUCGGAGUUUCGAAUCUGGCUAGUUCAGUGAAUAAAUCUACCGAAGGUUUAAGCGGGAGUACUACAGACAAGAACAUGCCCUUCAACUCCUUGCCACCAGUUAUGAAGUCAUUUUCUGAUACUUCCCAUACAUUCUUGAACUUUUCCGGACCGCAGUUACAGCACAAGAUCGGUUCUGUGCAUCAGAAUAACAAUGAAAGACGUGUUGCUGGAAAUAGCAUACGCCAACAAAUGACAAACAAGUUCGUUUCGACGCAAGGCAUUUCAACAUCGACUAUGCAUAUGGGAUCACAUGAGACUCCUGUUAGCGACAGUUUUCAGCCUAUAAAUUGUACUUUAGUAAUCAAUCCAUCGCAAAAUCAGCGUGCAAUCGUAGCACAAGGGCAGGGACAAGCAAUCAUUGGUCAGAUUCAAACCAUGACGCCCAGUGCACCUACACACAUACGUCCACAAUUAGUAGAAGAUCCCAGGAACAGUGGAGAUCAAAGAACACAAUCGGCACCACCUUUGCCAUUAGUACACAAUACUACCUUAACUAUUGAUUCCGACACGUUUAUGAGGUUGUGUCAACAGGCAUCAUUGAUACGUACACCAGUCGUCAGUAUGGAUAUGAACACACAAAUCAGCAAAAACCUGUAGCAUGAAUUUACAUUGAACAUAGCACAUUUUCAUGUUCAUAACCUUUGAGAUUUGGUAUCAAAGUGUAAUUUGCCUUAUAUAUAUUUUA